AUGGAUCAAUACUAUCAGCCGCCGGCUACAUACGCCAUGCCGCCGCUAUACUCGGCGGCACUAACUGCAGCAUUGUCCACGCCACCCCAUCAGCCAGUAAUCAUGCCUGCUGGAGUUAUGAAUGCCCCGGUCACACCUGGAAACCAAGCUUACUUUCCAGGAUAUUACUAUACUCCUCCUUAUGGGUACAUGCCUCCAUACAACAACCAAACGUAUUCACCUCAGAUGACAGCACAGAGCUAUGCCCAGCAGCCAUACGCGGCUUACAUGCCGCCUUGGUUGACUUUCCCGGCACCACAACCAACUUACGGUCAAUUCCCACCUACGGCGGAGCCUGUUUACGACAGAGGAAACCCAUAA